CACCGGAAGAUCAAUAAUUCAGAAUAAACAACUGAGCGAAAGCCUUUUGAUAAACAGCCUGGUUCUGCUUUAUCCCAGAACUUACUGUCCUGAAAACCAAGGCUUGCCUUACAGGAUAACGUGCGCCGGAACAUGACUACUUGUUGAUUCGAUAAGAAACCCGAAGUUGCGUAAAACAUUUGACAGUUUCACGGGAUGUAAAGAUGGCGUAAUAGGAGGAAAAUGGCAGGACAAUGUGGCUAAUAAGCGGGUUUAUAUUGUGGUGUUACAUCAAGUCAGUAGUGACAGAUGGUGUGCCUCCAAGCACGGCUGCCUCUAAAUGCAAUUCAAGGCUUGUUCAUUGUGUUUGUGUUAACAAGACCGACCACGGAGUGGUUUCAUUCAAGUCUGCUCGGUGUGUUUCAAAUUUGGCCACUUGUCAACAAUUAGAUACAGAAGUUACAAAAUGUUACAGAGCAAAACCACCAUCAAAAGGCCACAAUUCAUAUCUUGAAAUGAGAGCAGAAGUCGAAACAGGGAAGUCGAAAUGUCUCCCAUACUUUGAUAAGAAUGCUCCUUUUGGUUCUCCAAAAGUGGUUCUUGUGAAUACACCUCGUGUUAGAAAUGCUGUUGUUGAUGACCGAGUAGAAAUUGAAUGUCAAGUCACAUCUAAUCCUGAAGCCCACUUGUACUGGAUUUCUGAUAAUGGACAAGUCAUUACAAGUAGUGGCAGAUUUCUUGUUUCAAACAGAAAUUGUAAUCCAACAUUAACAAUAAGUUAUCUUCUGGCAUCUGACAGUGGGAAUUAUUCAUGUGUUGCUAAUAACUCUGUGGGUUCAUCCAGACAGACGGUCAAGAUUAUUGUGAAAGUGAGGCCUUACGACAAGCCAUCCGUACGCUAUGUCGGGAUUGAUGGUGACCGUUACGCAGCAUACCUCGGAAGCACCAUCAAUUUGACAUGUACUAUAGACUUUGGUGUACCCGGUGGGCUCGUGCGCUUCCGUCGUGUUGGGCAACUUGUUGAUGACGGGGGGAGGUAUUGGAAUUUUCUUGGAUUACAAGAAAAGUCAUUAUUUACCCAGAAGUUACGGAUCUCAAAUGUUACCCGGGAGGAUCAAGGAAAGUGGGAUUGUUAUGGACGAAGCAGUAAAAGUUUUAGUGUAAACAAGUCGUUCAUAUUAAAUACUGCUCCCUGCCCUGCUGGGUACUUCUGUCCGUGGUGGACUGAUGAAAAGAUCCCAUGCCCAUACGGGACCUUUAGUGUCGGCGGGCAGAACGAGACCUAUCAUUGUACCAACUGUACAUCUGGGACUCCACGACACGAUUCUUUGGCUUCGCAUGAGCCCGCGAGAUCAGAGGAUGAGUGUCCACGUGCUUCUCUGAGGAAUCGACCCUUGUGGUUGGUAGCCGUUGCACUUGGUAUCUUAAUGGGGGUCUCUGUCACGGUCUUCCUGUGGUACCGACGUCGCUGUAAACGUUCUGCAUUCCCGUACCAGCAAUCUAGUGAAGAUGACGACGAAUUCUCUUCGCUGUACGACGUGUUCAUCUGCUACAGUUCAAAAGACAUAAAAUUCGCUAAAGAGCUACAGGAGAGGCUAGAGAAUGCUGGAUUCAAGUGCUGCAUUGAUCUUCGUGACUUUAUGCCUGGAGAAGCGAUUGUGGUCAACAUAGCAAACGCCAUCUACCACAGUCGAAAAACCCUAGCUAUUCUCUCACCAGACUUUAUUGAAAGCGAGUACUGCAAACACGAACUUCACCAAGCCCUCAAUCGUAGCAUUCGCGCCCAUCAAGUAGUUGCCAUUUUGUACAGAGAGUGCAAUGUGCCGCUCGAGCUGCGUCACAAGACGUAUCUGGACUAUUUGAACUGUUACGUCAAGCCGCACUUCUGGGAACAACUCAACAAAUGCCUGAGUGAAAGGCAAUUGAAACCCAUGGCCCUAGCUACCUAGCUAAUUUGUACAUUCUGGAAACAAGUGCUGGGGGGUUUACAGUCAUGCUAGCAGUUUGAAAUAAGGCAUUGUCAGAUAUGACGAUGCCACCAAACCUGCUAUCGGACAAAUCUAUCUACGAAUCUACUUGUCGACGUAAACACGGGACACGCUUGAUAAAUACACGGACACCCUUGAUAAAUACACGGACACCCUUGAUAAAUACACGGACACGCUUACAGAGAGUAAUGAAAACUUAGACCAGGGACGCGCCUUUUAUACCGCAGGUAGAGAUAAAGGAGUUGUUUAGAGAUAUAGGGGUUCCACUGUAUAACAUAAUAGAAAAUGAAAGGAAAGAUUACUAAAA